AUGGCAUCGAAUGCAGAGCUGGACAAUACAAAGAUUGCCAACGAGAAGACGGCCGAUCUCGAGCGAGCUGCGACUUGUCAAGAUGGGGUCACAACGAUCGUGGCUUCUGGUGUCAAUAAUGCCGGGUACCGCAGGUCGCUCUCCAAAAGGCAGGUCAUGAUGAUGACCUUCGGCGCCGGUAUUGGGACCGGUCUGUGGGUUGGUACAGGAACUGCCUUGAAAUAUGCAGGCCCCGGUGGGAUUGCGAUCGCGUACACCGUCGUCUCGUAAGUGGCACGAUCCGGACCGUUGAAUCUGGCACUGACAGCGGUAGCUUCGUGGUUUGGCUUCAAUAUGUCUGCAUCGGAGAGAUGACAGCAUAUCGACCGGUGCACGGCGGCUUCAUACGGCAAGAGGCAGAGUAUGUCGACAAGGCUUUCGGGUUUGCCUGCGGUGCGAACUUCUGGUUUGAGUGGGUGAUGAUCAUUCCUGCUGAGUGAGUAAAACCAUGCUAUCAUAACAUAACGAAGAAUGCUCGGAGCAGUUUCUGACUUGAUUUCGUUGCAGGAUCACCGCGGCGGUCUCGGUACUGCAAUUCUGGCCCGAAACACAGGUCGUCCCCUUGGCAGCCUAUAUCACCAUUUUCCUUGCGGUCAUGGUGAUUGGGAAUAUUUUCCCCGUCAGAAUAUACGGCCAUCUUGAGUACUGGUUCUCAUGGUUGGUAUUCGGGAAGCAGGCUUUCGUAGGGACAGUUUCUGACGGCAUACAGGAUCAAGAUCCUGGCCAUUUUUGCCAUUAUCCCGUUCCUCUUCAUCAUGGCGUCUGGCGGGAUUGCAGCUACCGGCGGACCGUUGGUGUUUCACUACUGGAAAAGGCCGUGAGUUGCACAGCAUAGCUGCGGCAAUACGUUGACUGACUCACUGCCAGAGGGGCGUUCAACAACGGCAUCAAAGGUAUAGCGAAAGCAUUCGUUCAAGCCGGAUUCUCCUUUGGUGGAGGAGAACACAUCGCUGUCAUAGCAGGAGAAGCUAAGGAGCCGAGGAAGACCGUGAAGGCGAGCGUGUGAGUGUAUAACUCCAAAGUCGUCCAGAGGGCAAUACUGAUAUGGCGCCAGCUAUCCGAUCUUCUAUCGCAUGUUCAUGUUCUUCGUCUUGAACAUCUGGCUCGUGGGCAUGUGCGUACCGUACGACGACACCAAUCUGGUCAGCGCUUCUGGAACUCUAGGAUCGCCGUUCGUCAUCGCCACUCAGCGAGCGAAGCAAGGGUAAGGGACAAAGCAUCUGAGAAUAUAUCCAGCAAUGUCUUGGGUGUCUGCUGACUCGCUACCUUUCUCUAGGUGGCUCGCGCACAUCCUGAACGCGUUCAUCUUCAUCUCCGUCAUGAGCUGCGGCAUCACCAGCGUAUAUGUCGCAAGCCGAAGCUUGACUUCGAUGGCGGAUAUAGACCUGAUCCAUCGCAAGUUCGGGUGGAAAGACAAGGCCGGCCGUCCGUGGGUCGCCUUGGCCAUCAGUGUCAGCAUCGGAGGAGGUCUUUGCUACCUCAACUGCAACGACGAGGCCUACCAAGUGUAUUCGUGGUUCUCGAGUCUGGUGAGGAUGAUUAUCCAACGGGGGUGAUUGUGAGAGCUGACACCGCUCGACAGGUUGCCAUCGCAGGAUUCUUCCAAUGGGGAAGUUGCUUCGUCUGCCACAUUUUCUUCCGGGCCGCAUUGAGAGCGCAGAACAUCAGCUACAAAGGCCUGCCAUUCCAAGCGCCCUUCGCGCCCUAUCUGCAAUACGCCGGCCUCGUAAUCAUCCUGUUCAUCCUGGGCUGCGAGUUCUACCUCUCCGUGUCACCCCUGGACGGCGCAGGCAGCGCCAAGACGUUUUUUGCCAACUACCUCGGCGCUCCAUUGUUCUUCGUCGAUUUGAUCGCAUACAAAGUAAGAAGACUAGACUGUCGGAUCCUGCGAGAGCGACUGCUGACGACGUUUUCAGCUUUGGUAUAAGACCAAGAUGGUCAAGCCUGAAGAAGUCGACUUUUCCGAGGCAUUCGCCUUCGAUGAGCAGGAUAAGAUGGAAGUCGAAUUGGCCGCUCAAGAUGGCGAGGUCCGCGAGAAGAGCUGGAGUGAGAAUCUGUUGCAGAAAGCGAAGAAUUUGGUGUUUGGCUGA